CAUUCAUGAACGACUUGUCCAAAUCAAAAAAUGUAAAAAAAACCCUUUGGUGGUGUAUCUGUGAUAGCAGUCGGAGAUUUUUAUCAACUUCCUCCAGUGAAACAACGAAAAGAUGAGAGGUUGUAUAAAGAAAAUGGUUCAUAUCCAAUAGAUUACUGGCUGGAUUUUUUUAAAAUUGUAGAGUUGGAUGAAAUUAUGCGGCAAAGAGAGGAUAAAGCAUUUGCAACAGUUUUGAAUUCAUUACGCAUUAGAACGUCUGAAGAACUUAUUUCAGAGGAAGCUUUGGCAACACUUCAGGAAUGCAUUAGAGAAGGACCAGAUGAUGUUCUACAUGUUUAUUCUACAAACAAAGAAGCAAAUGAAUACAAUCUCAAAAUGUUACAUAGUAACUGUGAACAGUUAAUAGAAGUGCAAGCGGAUGAUCAUCAGAAAGACAAGACAACAGGAAAAUUAAUUUUACGUGAUAAACCGUUGACUAGUACCCGCGCUGAUGGCCUCUCUGCUUUUUUACUUUUAGCCGUAAAUGCAAGAGUAAUGCUUACGCGAAAUGUUAGUGUUGAGGAUGGACUAGUAAAUGGUGCAAUGGGAUAUAUUUCAAAUUUUGUGUUUAAAAGCAAACAGCCUGUAAAUACAGUAGAUGUAGUUGAAGUCAUCUUUGAUAGUGCAAGUGUUGGUAAAAUCCAGGGGAAGAUGACACCCAAUGGGAAUGUGGUCCCAAUUAAAAGAGUGGAAGAAGAGAUAAAUGAGAAAAAUGUAAAGAAUGUUGUUAGACAUCAAUUUCCACUGAAACUCUCAUGGGCAUGUACAGCACAUAAAGUCCAAGGUAUGACUACCAAGAGUGUUGUUGUCAAUUUAGAUCACACUUUUUCUCCUGGGCAAGCAUAUGUAGCAAUCAGUCGUGUAACUUCAAAAGAUGGUCUGUUCAUUGAGACCGAUGAUGAAAGUGUCUUGCAGAGAAAAAUAUAUGCUGAUUUAGAUGUGAAAUUAGCUCUUAAUAGUAUGGAGAAAUACAUUUUAGAUGAAGACUGGAUAUGCAAUGUAAGAAAAUGCGGAAAUUACAAAACAAUUCUUUUGUUCAAUGUUCAGAGUUUGAGAGGACACUUUCAGGAGAUAAAUUUUGACAACAGAUUAAUGAAAGCUGAUUUUGUUUGUUUAACAGAAACAUGGUUGAAAGAAGAGGAGGAUGUUCAAGAUAUUGAAAUUUCAGGCUUUGAAUUCCACCAUGUUGUACGAAACCAGUGUUAUGAUGAUAGUGAAGAUCUGAUGACAAGACUGAGGAAAGCAAAAGGUGGUGGGGUUGGAGUGUACAAAAAGAAAACAACGGAGAGAAUCUUGAUCAAUGCUUUGGAAUACAAGAACAUAGAGGGAAUAACUGUAGAAAUACACCAGGAGGACAUUGCAAUCCUUACACUCUACCGGCCAAGUUUGCUACCUGUAAACAAUUUUCUUGACAGGUUACAAAAAGUGGUGGAUUUUUAUAAGAGACGUUAUUUGAACUUGAUUAUUAUAGGUGACAUGAAUGAAGAUGCCAGAAUGCAAGGACCCAUACAGAGUUUUUUAGAAUCAGUGGGAUUUAUGCAAAUGGUGCAUUUUUACACAACAGAGGGUGGAACAAUAUUAGAUCAUGUAUACGUAACUGACCCUCUAAAAACCUGUGUACACAAAGUGUCAUUUUAUUUCAGUUAUCAUGAAGCUAUUGAAAUUCAUGUGAGAACUAAAUAAAAAAGAUUCAGAUUGAUUUUGAGUUCACACUAUUUUAAACAAGGAUUAUUUUCAGUUGAGUCUGAUGAAAACUGAAUUUAAUUGAUAUAUUAUUAGUUACAUUCUUUAUUUGGUAAUCAUAGUUUUCACAAGAUAAGCUCUUCUUUAAUAUUAAAAAAUAUGUUGCCUUUUCAAUUUGAAAGAAUUUUUCAUACUUAAUUCCUAUAGUGAAAUAUGACCUUACGUUGUUAAGAUAACUUAUUUAUUAUCUGUGUAAAGUGAUUUUUCAAGUAGAAGAGUGCAGUGCUGAAUUCGUGAUAAUUGGAUUAUGUGUUUACGAUGGUUAUGUAUCACUUAUAUAUAUAUAUAUAUCUUUUACAUUUUUGUUUUGACAGAUCUUUACUGAGACAUGGCUAGAAUCGCAUCAACAUUCAAUGCCUACAGAAAUCCUGACAGUGCGUGAAAUGUACUUAAAGUACCUGAAAUGUACAUAAGUGAAGAGCUGAAAAAUAUCUACAAUUUGAAGUAAUCAGUAAUUAACUGCAGAUAGUACCACUUAAUGGACCAAGAAUUACAAAGAAUAUGGUGGUUUUGUGAAGAUAUGUGCAGAGUGCAGUAGGAGAGGGGCAUUAUGCUCCCUCCAACUUUAACCAAAGACACAUUUGAAUAAUUUUUAGCUCACCUGAGCUGAAAGCUCAAGGGAGCUAUUCUGAUCACAUUUUGUCUGUCGUUCGUCCGUCUGUCUGUCUGUUAACUUUACACAUUUUCAACAUAUUCUCAAAAACUGCUCGGCAAAUUUCAACCAAACUUGGCACAAUGCACCCUUAGGCAAAGGGAAUUCAAAGUUGUGAAAAUUAAGGAUCACACCCUUUUACAAGGGGAGAUAAUUAGGUAUUAUUGAUAAUUUUUCAUAAAUCUUUUAAAAUCUUCUUUUCAAGAAACAUUUGGCCAGGAAAGCUGAAUCUUUUGUGGAAGCAUUCUCAGGUAGUGAAGAUUCAAAGUUCUAAAAAUCAUGACCACCGGGUGUAGGGUGGGGCCACAAUGGGGGCGGGGUCGAACUUUACAUAGGAACAUAUAGAUUAAAUCUUUAAAAAUCUUCUUAAGAACCAUUUGUCCACAAAGCUGAAACUUGCGUGGAAGCAUCCUUAGGUAGUAAAGAUUCAAAGUUGUGAAAAUCAUGACCACCGGGGGUAGGGUGGGGCCAGAAUGGGGGCGGGGUCGAAUUUUACAUAUGAAUAUAUAGAUUAAAUUUAAAAUUCUUCUUUUCAAGAACCAUUUAGCCAGGAAAGCUGAAGCUUUUGUGGAAGCAUUUUCAGGUAGUGUAGAUUUAAGGUUGUGAAAAUCAUGACCCCUGGAGGUUGGUGGGGUCACAAUGGUGGGGGGGGGGGUCGAAUUUUACAUAGGAAUAUAUAGAGUAAUUCUUUAAAAAUCAUUUUCUCAAGGACCAUUUGCCCAGGAAAGUUGAAACUUGUGUGGAAGUAUCUUCUAAAAAAAACCAUUUGGGGAGGGCAAAUUUUUACGUAUGAAUAUAUAACAAAAAAUCUUAAAAUCUUCCAAAAAAAACACCAUUUGCCUAGAAAAGCGGUAACUUAAGCAAAAGCAACUUCAGAUAGUGUGGAUUUAAAUUUGUUAAAAUCAAAUUUUGAGGAGGAGGGUGGGGCUGCAUUGGGGAUCUAGUUGUACAAAGGAAAACAUUUAUUCACAAAAACUGAAAUGUUAUCGUGUAUGGUUUGCAUGUAUGCAAGCAUUUUGACAUAUAUUGCUGAUUCUUCAAAAUUGUUAGCCCCUGGACAAUUCUUGGGCCUUACAAGAGGUUCAGAGUGUGUUGUAGGUUUAUAUCCCGUUGAUAAACAAUUGUUUAGGAUCUUUAUGAGAACUGCAAUGCUCAACAUGCUAUGACUCUAAAAUCAUCAGGGACUGGAUCACAAGAAUAUUGGGAGACAGACUUUUACUUAUACAGGAUCUACAUGUAAUAUACCCACAUUGUCCACAUGUAUUGACUCUAUUAAGCUGAUUUUAUCAUGCUUAAUGUUGCUCAGGUGUGCGAUGUAGCCCACGGGCCUCUUGUAUUUCAUUUAUUUUCCUGAUACUUCUCUCCCUACCUUAAUUGUGUGUGAAAUAGGACACAAUAUUCCUUGUACGUCAUUGCAUCUACAGUUAGCUUGUUAUUCCCUCUUAUUGAGACAAAAUAAUGUGAUGUGAUUUUAUAAGAUGUGAUUUGAAGAAAAGAUAUAACUAGAUAUGUGUCCACAUUUUCUUAUUGAUGAAAUUGAAGAAAUAACAUACUAUUGGAUCAUUAUCAUUAUGAUAUUUUAAGGAAAUUGUGUUUAUCCCUUCUCUUAUUGCUUUGUUUAAUUAUAUUAUGAAAUGUUAGAAUAUGUAGAAAAAAAUUAUUUACUUGAACAAGAGAAGUGCCUAACAUUUUGUGAUAUUUGAAUUUAAUAAUCUAUAACAUUGUCAUUGUACAUGUACAUGUAGUAGUAUUCUUCAUUGACAAUUUAUGUGUAUAAAUUCAUGCAAUGGUUCAAAAUACUGUAGAUUACUGUAUAUGAAACAUUAUGCCUUGCAUAUGUUAUAUUUAAACAUCAUCCAUAGUUUGUCCCAAGUUAUUGCAUCUAUCACAUUUUCAGGAUUUAAAUCAAAAUAUACAUGCCCAUGAAAGAAAUAUAAUUGAAAUUGAUGAAAGGGAAAAUAUGAAAGAGAUAUUCAUUGACAAGUUAUCAUUUGUCACUUGGAAAACUCACAGGAAGGAAAACAAACUCCAUCACUGAUUACUUUGUUAGUUGAUGUGUAUUGUUGUGGAAUUCUCUAUUCAUGGGACACAAAUGUGCAAGAACAUUUUGAAUCACUCUUACACACAAUUUACAAUGACUAUACCGUCACCGUCUUGGACAUUGAAUCUUUUUAAAAUGAGAUCACCCAUGAAAUUGCAUUUUUGUCCAUAAUGAUUGCUUGUCCACGUCUGUGGACAUUGUUCAUUGAUAAAGACAGUGUCACUUACCAGGCCCAUUAAAACACGUAACCCAUCUCUUUGAAAUAAUCAUAUAACACUAUAAGAAAAGGUAUAAAAUUUCAAAAUAUGCAAGUUUAUUUUUUGAAAAACUUCACGACAUAUUCAGUUGUUAGAUUAACAAUGUCAGCAUGAUAUUUUUUUCAUUGGUUUCAUUUAUUUUUUAUGUUUUAAGAAUUUCUACCUCUAAACGUAUGUAAAACCUAAUGUUGGAUUUUUUUUCAUACAGAAUUGCCCAAUUUAUUUUUUAACAAUAAUGUCAUAUAAUCAAUAAAUUGUGUAUUGCUGAAUAAAAUUGGUUAUUUAUUUAUUCUUGAUUUGUUUUUGUUUUCUUUAUGCCCUGCAAGCAGAGUUGAGAUAUAUCAGUCAGGAGAGCGCGAGGAACCGGAACUGCUCAUUGAAAAUAAAAGUUUGUAUCUCUUGUUCAUUCAUAUACCUAGUGUACUAUACAGUUUACCAAGCUAAGUAAACGGUCAGAUAAAAACCGAGGGGCAUGGUCACGAUUUUGGUUAUAUUCAAUUUCUGUUUUUAUUAUUUACAAUGCUUUAAGAAUACAUUUUUAAUGAUCAAAUGGAAUUUGAGAAUCAGUAGAAGAAUUAUAGGCAAGAUACAGGGUAUAAUUCUUUGUCACGUAAACAAGGCUCGUGCCUUUUUUUUGUUUACAUAGGUUAAAUAUACCAGUAAAAAUCUUAUUCAAGCUCAUUAUUCUUUCUCUUAUUUAUUUUAAGCAUAAAGCUGAAACUCCCUUAUAAUUCAACGAAGUUUUGGUUGUCUAUUUAUUGCCUUGGGACCGGAAGUGGACGAACGGAAGUGAUUUACAAGCACAAAAGCUGAUAUUUCUUGUACAUUUGCUUAGCGUGUAUCACUGUUUAUCAGACUAGAUGAAACGCCCCAUAAAGUCAUUCAAACUUGUUAAAAACCUGAUUUGUUUGAAUCCUUCCAGUGGUAAUCGGAACUGAUGGUUGACAAAAUAUAACCCGUUAAACACAUCUUCAAUCAAAUGUCUAUCAUAUAUUAAAGCUUUAUGUCUCAAUCACUUACAUAGACUAAAAUCUCGCGGGCAUCAAAUUUGUAAAAAGGAAAGCUAAUUAGAGAUAUUUGAGAUAUCUCAGCGGAAGUUAAAUUUAUUUGCUAAUUUAACAUUAUACAGAUGACAUAUCUGAGAGUGUAUACUCAUAUAUUCUUUCCAUGUACAUGUAAAAUGAAUAAAGAAAGAAAAAUAAAAUAAUUUGUGAGGUGCUUCCGGUGACGACCGGAAGUUACGACGAACACAACAAAAUAAUUUAAACACAUCUACAACUAUAGGUCUAUUAUCCCUCAAAGUUUGGAGGUUCAAGUCUUUAUCGUUUCUGAGAUCUCAUUGGCCAUAGCUUUUUGCCGCGAGACAGCAAACGGACGACAUGAUGUGAAUUUUGAAAAAAAAAUGAAAUAAACGCCUAGAGAUAUUAUCGUUCUCUAUCAGUCCUAAAAAUAAUAAGAAAAUCUAUCCAGCCAUCUCUGAAAAAUCUAGUUAAACUUUUAAAAAACUUGAUUUGUUUGAACUCUUCCUUUGUGGACCGGAAGUGACGGUUCACAGAAUUAAAACGGUUAAACACAUCUUCUAUCAAGUGUCUAUCAUCCAUGUCAGUUUCGUGUCUUGAUCACUUACAGUUUAUGAGAUCUCGAGGUUCAAACAUUUGUUUGUAUAAAUGGCUACAUGAGAUAUUGAGAUAUCUCACCGGAAGUAGAUUUUUUAUGUUUAGUUAACAUCGGAAAGAUGACAUAUGUAAGCAUUUAUACUUAUAUUUCAAUUCUCCGUAAAAUAUAUUAAAUGCGUAAAAACAUAAUUUUUGAAGUGCUUCCGGUGACGACCGGAAGUUACGACGAACAAAACAAAAUAGUUUAAACACAUCUACAACUAUAGGUCUAUCAUCCCUCAAAGUUUGGAGGUUUAAGUCUUUAUCGUUUCUGAGAUCUCAUUGUCCAUAGCUUUUUGUCGCGGGACAGGAAACGGACGACAGGAAGUAAAAUUUUGAAAAAAUGAGAAAAUCUCCUGGAGAUGUUUUCGUUCUUUAUCAGUCCUAAAAAUUUCAAGAAAAUCCAUCCAGCCAUCUCUUAGAAAUCUGGUUAAACUUUUAAAAAACUUGAUUUGUUUGAACUCUUCCUGUGUGGACCGGAAGUGACGGUCGACAAAAUAAAAACGGUUAAACACAUCUUCUAUCAAAUGUCUAUCAUCCCUGUAAGUUUCGUGUCUUGAUCACUUACAGUUUCUGAGAUAUCGGGGUUCAAACUUUUGUUUUAAAAAAGGCUACAUGAGAUAUUUGAGAUAUCUCACCGGAAGUAGAAUUUUUAUGUUGAGUUAACAUCAGAAAGAUGCAAUUUGUAAGCAUUUAUACUUAUAUUUCAAUUCUCCGUAAAAUAUAUUAAAUGCGUAAAAACAUAAUUUUUGAAGUGCUUCCGGUGACGACCGGAAGUUACGACGGACAAAACAAAAUAGUUUAAACACAUCUACAACUAUAGGUCUAUCAUCCCUCAAAGUUUGGAGGUUUAAGUCUUUAUCGUUUCUGAGAUCUCAUUGUCCAUAGCUUUUUGUCGCGGGACAGGAAACGGACGACAGGAAGUAGAUUUUGACAAAAUGAAAAAAACGCCUGGAGAUAUUAUAAUUUUCUGUUAGUCCUGA